GCGCCACGCGGAACAAUUCCGCGUGAACACGAUAUCCCAGCCGAGGCCAUUUCGCGGUCGGAUCGCUGUUUGUUUUGAUGCCAGCAGCGGGGUUCCACAAAACUUGCGUGUGAAAAUAACGUUUAUAAAAAAAUGAAUGCAAACGCAACGUGAUUAAAUGGGAAUGGAAGAGGACGAGCUUUCGACCUUCCGAGAGCGAUGGAAACAGGAGUUAAAGAAAAAUACCAAGACAUCGUGUAAAGACAAAGAGAGAUAUUUUGGGCAUCCCAGCAGCAAAGACAGCUCAUCUCUUCACCAGAGCGCGAGCUUUUGGGAGAAACAGAGCAAUGCGUCAGAGCAAAGUCAGCCCACGCCGAAAGACCAGCCGCAGUACGUGUCGAUCGCCGAGGGUUUGUUGGACGGCAGAAGCAGUCCACUGCUGGACAGAAUCGAGCAGGAGCGAACGCGUAGGAAACGCGCUCCCUGGAGCGAGGCGCUCAACACAGACGCGCCCCCCAAAAAAGGCAACAAGUGCCAGAAACUGCUCGAGCAGUUCCUUCAGGACCUGAAUGAAAUGAAUGACAUCCCAUUCUUUGAUGUGGAGUUGCCUUAUGAACUGGCGCUCAAGAUUUUCCACUUCCUGGGCAGAACGGAUCUAGGACGAUGUGCUCAGGUGUCUAAAUCCUGGAAGGUGCUGGCUGAGGAUGAGGUCCUGUGGCAUAGAUUGUGCCUGAAGGAAGGUUAUCACAAUGGGGCAAGUAUCUCUGACUCCCCCUGCUGGAAGAGCACACUCAGAGACUGCCGCAACACUGAGAAUGUGGUGAAGUCAAACUGGAAGAAUCGUGUUGGGUCCAUUCGUCAUCUGCAGUAUGAGCUGGGAAAGGUGUUGUGUGACGUCAGUUCCUGUGCUGGUCUUGUAAUUGCUGGCUACACCUCUGGUGAUGUCCGUCUAUGGGACACGCUUCACUGGGACAAAGCUUACCUGCACCCCACACAUUUCAUCAGAGAUGAAACCCCUGCACCUUAUGUUAGUCACGUACGCGUCAAUAAGACCGUAGCCACAGCCGCUUAUGAGAAUGGCUGUGUAGAUGUGUGGAGCACUGAAACAGGUCUUGAGCCCAUUCAUCAGUACCAGCACCUCCAGAGGGUUCAUGCUCUGGAUCUAAGCCCCGACAGUCCGGCUUUGGCCUCUGCAUCAGGGCCAAAUGUGCGGGUGGACUCCCCAGAUGAGCAGAGCUACUGGAGAUCACAAUGUCUCGUUCAGUUACCAAAGCCUGUAGAUGGGGUAUUGGUGGUGCCAGGGAGGCGGGACGUCCCUUUGGUCACAGCGUGGGCAGGUGAGAGUGUUUACCUGCUGGAUUCCAGAUGGAAUGAAGAACAGGAGCCAAGAGUUCUUCACUCUGUAUACGGCCAUCCAGUGACCUGUGUAGAUGUGUCACCCAGCAGAGCUGCACUGGGGAUCAAGAGCUGCGGAUGGGGCAUGAACGACGGGGGAAACAAGAUUCAGGUGUACAACCUGGAGAUCAGCCAGUGCGAGCUGACCGUGGGGAACUCGGCGGGAGACUUCACCUGCGUCAACCUGAGAGACAGCCACCCUCACCUGCUGGUGUGUGGGAACAAAGACAGGCGGUACGACACGCUCGCAAACAUGUGUACCUCAUCUAUCACUGUUACAUUCACACACACACACACGCUCGUUUCUGUCUUCUGUCUGGCAACUUAA